AUGGUUCAAUUACCUGAACCGUUCGCCGAGCUCCCUCGUCAUCCUAUCUUGUACAGCCACCCUUCCCCGAUCCACCCAUUACCCUCUCUAUCCUUCCCAUCCCAAGGUCCAAGACAAACUGGGAUCAAGGUCUAUGCCAAGCGGGAAGAUCAUGGAGCACCACUCGCGUGUGCAGGCAACAAAUACCGCAAGCUCGAAUAUAUAGUGCCAGACAUUCUAUCAUCCUCGCCAACAUACCACUAUCACGAACAUCACCCCACGACCGAGAAACUCAAGGGACCAGCAACGAUUCUAGUGACAGAGGGUGCAAUUCAGAGCAACCACACCGUCCAAGUCGCAGCACUCGCGCGCAAUUUAGGCCUGAAGGCCCUAGUCCUUCUUUCACGUGGAACGGGCGGCGGGCUCCUUGCCAGUCAAGACCAAGAUGCCUUUGUACGCUCAGGGAACGCACAGAUCAACCGAAUGCUAGGCGCCGAGGUACAUAUCCUAAAGGAAGGCGACCCUAGGGCUAAUGAUGCCAAUCCCUUUCUUGAGGAACUCCGCGCGCGUGGUGAAAGGCCCUACUGGAUCCCCGGCGGCGCCAGUCUCCACGCGCUCGGUGGACUAGGAUAUGCGCGAGCAGCGUUUGAAAUCGAAUUACAAGAGCGCGAGCUCAAUCUUAAAGGAUCAGGCCAAUUCGAUUACAUAUUCGUAGCCUGCGGCAGUGGAAGCACCGUCGGCGGCCUGAUUGCCGGGUUCAAAGUUGGAGAACCAGCGAUCACCACGAGGCAGGUCAUCGGGGUUUUGAAUUCACCGACCAAGCCGAGAUCGUACCAUGAGGCACGAGUCUUGACAUUUGCGAGGCGGGCCGCGCAGCUAAUUGGGCUUGAUGGGAAGAAUGGGCUUGAGAGUGAACAUGCAAUUAUCACGGAUGAUGUGAGGCUUGAAGAUCGAUUUGUGGGGACUGGUUAUGGUGUUUUGGACGCCGAGACCAAGGAAGCUAUGGAAAAGAUGGCACAAUCGGAGAGUAUCAUUCUGGAUCCCGUGUAUACGGGUAAAGUGGCCAGAGCAAUGAUGCAGUGGGUGAGAGAACAGGAGGUGCAGCAGUUUGCGCAGCAGCGUGGGUUGGAUGAGGUGAAUGUACUGUUCAUCCAUACGGGGGGUCAAGCCGCGUUGGGGGCAUACGCAGAUGUGAUCUAG